CAAUAAUGCUUCCUGGAUAGCUCAACAAAAGAAACAGUUUGGUUUGCCAGGAGUCGCAUUAGGUUUAAAUCUUAGUCAUGAUGUUACUCAGGUGUGCUAUUAGAUUUUACAGAUCCCUCAGGCUAGUCCCAACUAUGCGAAUUCAUAACCUCAUCUCUAGUUACUCAAAAAUAAGGAAUUUGAAUCGGCUUUUCCUUAGCCUUUCAGUAUUCUGCAUUAUAAGCGUUUGUUACUUUGGACACAUGGUGUACGAAAGUUACAUCUACACAUGCAGCAAAGACUAUGGAUAUUCCAAAUAUAAGUUUGACAAUUUAGACAAUAUAACCAUCAGUCCCAUUAAUAUUCACCCAUAUAAGUUCAAACUUUUAGCAGAGUCCUUGUGUAAUACCAUUCCAGAGGUAUAUCUUUUAGCAGUGGUAAAGUCCGCAACUAAAAACUCAUACAAGAGACACUGCAUUAGACAGACCUGGGGAAGGGAGAGUAACUCGGGGAAUAGGAGACUGGUUUUUAUCCUGGGAUACAAUGAAGAAGACCAAACACAAGUAGAAUCAGAGUCUAGACAGUUUAAUGACAUCAUUCAAGAAAAUUUUCAAGAUGGAUAUUGGAGCAACACAUACAAAAUGGAAAUGGCAUUUAACUGGAUAACUAAAUAUUGUAGUAAUGCCAAAUAUGCUGUAUUCGUGGAUGAUGAUAUGUAUCUGAAUAUGCCAAAUACUCUAAAAUAUCUUCAUUCUGUGGAUGAAAGAAAAGUGGAGAAUCUUUACAGUGGACUUGUAGUGGAAAAACCAUUUCCCACAAGAGAUUACUUUAAUAAACAUUACAUAUCCCGACAGGAUUAUCCAUUGGAUUGCUUCCCUCCAUACAUACCGUCUGGAACAGUAUUUUUUAGCAAGGCUGUCAUCCGAAAAAUUCAAAAAUUGAUGCCAUAUAUUCCUCAUUUUCGAGAGGAUGAUGUAUAUUUAGGCAUGGUUGCUCAAAAAUCUGGAGUUACACCAUCAAAAAUCAAUUUUCUAAUUGGACUGGGAGAUGAUAGAUCAGAUCUCAAGUUUCUGCCAUGCUUGAUUUCUGAUCAUGGAUACACAACAUUAGAAAUGUUUCAAUCUGCCUAUAAUGAGACACACUCCAAAAAUUUAACAGUUGAAAAAAUCAUGGAGGUAUGCAUACACAGCAGUAAAGUUAAGGAGCUGUGAAUCAGCAGAAUUAAUUUAUUUAGUGAAUAUGUUUUAUAUAUGGCAUUAUAUCUGGAAAAAAAACAGGGAUUUUGCUCGUGAGCUUUAAACAACAUCAGACUGACAAAUGAAUUCGAUAAA